AUGUACGCCGCUCAGAAUAUAACGCCAACAGUUUUGGAUGCUAUGAAUGGAAAUGUUUCCGAAUGGUAUAACGAAUGCGACAAUGCCAUUAGAAGGUCAGAAAUAGUUCCUGGAACUUACGAAUAUACAACUGCUGUUUCUUAUGGAAACGUAGGUGAGUUUGGAGAAGGUUCUUCAACAACAGUAGAUAUUGCUUGCGACAGGUUUCAUAUAAUUUCUAUUGACAACUCUUUCUUAUACGUGGAACAAGACAUUGAAAUAAAACCUUCUGCCAAGUUGUCUGACAAGAAAGGUUGCAAUGGAAUUUUCUAUGUCGGAUACCAAUAUGCUCCAGAAGUUUUCAUGGGAUAUAAGAUAUAUUCUAACUCUGACUUAGUUCAAACAGUAACAUGGGCAAACUAUGAAUGGUUCGCUUUGAGAAACUCAGUACAACCACAAGCUAGAGAACAAACAGACCAGUAUGCAACUAUUGAGAAAAUAAGAAGACUUGACCCUAACGUUCCAGGAGUUUAUGUUAACCUUUCUGGACAAACUGCAGCAGCAGUAACCAAAGUAAAACUGAAACUUAGAGUUCCUUUGUCAUCUUUCCUCAUCUUCAGGUUUUUAAGAUACUUGCCAAACUGGGCAGGAAAAAUUUCUAUCGAACUUACUCCAAGCAAAAAUAACUUAGUCAUUGCACCAACACAAGACCCAUUCACUCUUACAGACGUAAAGGGAGCAAAUCAAACGUCAUUCGCCGAAUUUUGCAAAGACAAAGUUGACUUAGACUUUGGUUUCUCAAACCUCAACACUGAAGUAAACUACUACUUCAAUGCUGCUGGAACUGCUUGGGACCCAGUUAAGUUCACAUGCGAAAAGUUUGAAUGCAAGAGAAUAG